AUGAAGGCAGUCUCGGGCUCCGUCAGGGGCAUUGCGGUGGCUGGUGCCGUGGCCGGGCUCGGGGCUCUUCGCACGGCCGCCGCCUUCCCCCUCUCUGAAGACCCGAUCCUCCCUCCACUCUCUAGCCGGGACGUGACGGCAAACGGCGAUGAUCUGAGCGGCAAGACCUACGACUACAUCGUCGUCGGCGGUGGCCUGGCUGGCCUCACAGUAGCCGCCAGGUUAUCCGAGGACCCUGAUGUGACAGUCGCCGUCAUCGAGGCCGGCCAGGACAUCUAUGGCGCACAUGAGUCGAGGUUCCUCACGCCAUCGGCUGUUCUGUACGAUUCGUUCCUCAACACCGAGUACGACUGGAAGUAUGUGACGACGGCACAGGCUGGGCUCAACCAGCGAACGACACCAUGGGCCAGAGGCAAGGUGCUCGGCGGCAGCUCUUCAGUCAACAGCAUGUACAUGGUCCGGGCCUCUGCCCGGGAGUUCAACUCGUGGGGCUCGCUAAUCGGCGCGCCAGAGACGUGGGGCUGGGACAGCAUGUUCGCGGCCAUGAAGAAGUCAGAGGACUUCCAGGAGCCCGUCCAGGCCGUGCGGGAUGUCGUGCCCAGCCUCAAGUGGAACCCAGCCAGCCACGGCACCGGAGGCAACAUCAAGACGGGGUGGCCAGGCAAGAGCUACCCUUUCGUCCAGUCAUUCCUGACUGCCGUUUCCAACACGGGCACGCCCGUCAACGACGACCCUGACGCUGGUGAGAACUGGGGUGCGUACCUGGCCACCUCCGCCAUCAACGCGCAGAACUGGCACAGGUCCAGCUCGAGGACGGGCUACCUGGACCCCAUCGACACGGAGCGCUCCAACAUCCACGUCCUGACCGGCCACCAGGCCACCAAGGUGCUGCUCGACACCUCCGACCCCAACAACGUCAAGGCCACCGGUGUCCAGUACGCCCCCGACGCCAACUCUCCACUACUGACCGUCAACGCGGCCAAGGAGGUGAUCGUCUCCGGCGGCACCAUCAACUCGCCGCAGCUGCUGCAGCACAGCGGCAUCGGCGACGCCGGCCAGCUGGGCCAGCUCGGCAUCAAUUCGACCGUCGACCUCCCCGGCGUGGGCCACAACGUCCAGGACCACGUCAGCGCCGCCCUGCUCUACCCGCCCAAGGACCCCAACCAGCAGCCGCCCGCCAAGAUCACCGGCGACGUCGUGACCGACUCCUUCGUGCAGUCCGCCAUCGCCUACAUCAACCUGACCACCCUCGUCGGGGCGGCCGAGGCCGGCGCCCUCCUCGACAGCGCCCGCGCCGACGUCAGCGCCGCCAUCAACGCCGCCCCGAUCCCGGACGCCGUCAAGCAGGCCUGGAAGACCACAUACACCAGCCAGGUGGACAACAUCUACGACUCCCCCGUGGGCUUGGUCGAGAUCCUCCUCGCCGACAUCUUCGGCACCGUCAACAUCCAGGUGGCCCUGCAGCAGCCCCUGUCGCGCGGGUCCAUCCUCGUCACGAGCGCAGACCCCUUCACCCCGCCCGCCAUCAACCCCAACUACCUCACCCAGGACGUCGACCUGCGCCUCCUGCGCGAGGGCCACAAGCUCGCGCGGCGCAUCGGCGAGUCCAUGGCGGACGUGCUCGGCGCCGAGUCGCAGCCCGGCGCGGCCGCCGUCGCCGACGAUGCGGGCUGGGACGGGUUCAUCCGCCAGAACGCGGGGACAGAGUACCACCCGUCGUCGUCGUGCUCGAUGCUGCCGCGCGACAAGGGGGGAGUCGUCGACAAGAACCUGCUCGUGUACGGGACGUCCAACCUGCGGGUUGUCGACGCGAGCAUCGCGCCCACGAGCGUUAGCGCGCACCUCAUGACCGCCACGUACGGCAUCGCCGAGAUCGGGGCCGACAUCAUCAAGGCGGCGCGCAAGGCUGCCACGGCUCCGUCUGGCAAGCUGCAGCAGACGCAGAAGGUCAGCCCUGCUGCCGAGAGCGGCGGUGAGCAGGCAGAGGAGGACAAGGACUCCAAGACGGCCGCCGUGUCUGCUGGUGCCGGGACUGCUGCCGUUGGGUCGAUCGCCGCGGCUGGUCUCAUCAUCGGCCGCACCGUCCUGCGGAGGUGGCAGGGUCAGAAGUACGCCAAGGUCGUUGCUUGA